CAGAGCUCAGCGCUGGACAAGCUCCGUGAAGGAGACAAGGAGGCAAGAAGCUGUGAACUGAGAGACACUGAAGAGACCAUGCAUAAGAUGGAGAGACAGCUCCUGGGUGUACUGCUGCUUUGUGGGGCAGUCCUCGCCUUGCCCAGCCAGGAAAUCCAUACCCGAGCCAGAAGAGGAGCCAGAUCCUUCAGAGUAACCUGCAGAGAUGAGAAGACACAGAUGACCUACCAGCAGCAUGAAUCAUGGCUGCGCCCCAUGCUCAGAGGCAACCGGGUGGAAUACUGCUGGUGCAACAGCGGCAGGUCCCAGUGCCACUCAGUGCCUGUCAGAGGUUGCAGCGAGCCAAGGUGUCUGAAUGGGGGAACUUGUCGGCAGGCUCUCUACUUCUCAGACUUUGUCUGCCAGUGCCCUGAUGGGUUCAUGGGAAAACGCUGUGAAGUAGAUACCAGUGCCACGUGCUACAAGGAUCAAGGCAUCACCUACAGGGGCACAUGGAGCACAGCAGAGAGUGGGGCUGAGUGUGUCAACUGGAACAGCAGUGUGCUGGCCCUGAAACCCUACAGUGCACGGAGGCCAGGCUCCUUCAAGCUGGGCCUUGGGAAUCACAACUACUGCAGAAAUCCAGACCGAGACUCGAAGCCCUGGUGCUAUGUCUUUAAGGCAGGGAUGUACACCUCAGAGUUCUGCAGCACACCAGCCUGCUCCAAGGGAACAAAUGAGGACUGCUACACUGGAAAAGGAAUGACCUACCGUGGCACCCACAGCCUCACCACAUCUGGUGCCUCCUGCCUCCCAUGGAAUUCCAUGAUCCUGAUGGACAGGAGUUACACUGCAUGGAGGAGUGACUCGCGGGCACUGGGCCUGGGCAAACAUAAUUACUGCCGGAAUCCGGACGGGGAUGCCAAGCCCUGGUGCCACGUGCUGAAGGACCGCAAGCUGACGUGGGAAUACUGUGACAUGUCUCCAUGCUUGACCUGUGGUCUAAGACAGUACAAGCAGCCUCAGUUCCGCAUUACAGGAGGACUCUUCACUGACAUCUCCUCGCAUCCCUGGCAGGCUGCCAUCUUUGCUAAGAACAGGAGGUCGGAGGGAGAAAGGUUCCUGUGUGGGGGCGUGCUGAUCAGCUCCUGCUGGGUCCUGUCUGCUGCUCACUGCUUCGAGGAGGGGUUUGCUUUCCACCACCUUAAGGUGGUCUUGGGCAGAACAUACCAAGAGGUUCCUGGAGAGGAGGAACAGAAAUUUGAAGUAGAAAAAUACAUCAUCCAUAAGGAAUUUGAUUAUGACACUUAUGACAAUGACAUUGCACUGCUGCAGCUGAAGUCAGAUUCCACACAUUGCGCCCAGGAGAGCAGCUCUGUCGGCACCGUCUGCCUCCCUGACCCUGACCUGCAGCUGCCCGACUGGACAGAAUGUGAGCUGUCCGGCUAUGGCAAGCAUGAGGAGUCCUCUCCUUCCUUUUCUGAGCAACUGAAAGAGGCUCAUGUUAGAUUGUACCCAUCUAGUCGCUGCACAUCACAACAUUUGUUUAAUAAAACCGUCACCAACAACAUGCUGUGUGCGGGAGACACACGAAGUGGAGGAAACCAAGCAAACCUGCAUGAUGCUUGCCAGGGUGACUCGGGAGGCCCCCUGGUAUGUGAGAAGGAUAAGCACAUGAUUUUGGUUGGCAUCAUCAGUUGGGGCCUUGGCUGUGGGCAGAAGGAUGUUCCAGGGAUAUAUACCAAGGUCACUAAUUACCUAGACUGGAUUCAAGACAAUAUGCGACCAUGACCAAGAAAACCCAGUUCCUUGAAACCCCAGGAGAUUCAGCCUUCCUCCUCCAGAAAACACUCUGCAAGGACCAAGUGCAUCCUCAUGAAGACUUAUAAACAAACCACCACACAGUAGGAGGGGAUAGGAAUGAUGAAGUGUAUAUCUUUAAUAGGUACUUGACAUUUUGGAAAUUUUCAGGGAUGAAGAUCUGAUUUUAGAAUAUAUUCUGUAAGAUAAGAAGACAGAUAAAAAUAAAUGCCAACCCCUUCCAAAAUGCCACCAUCUAGAACAAAGAGGUUAACAAAGUCCCCUUCUCUUAAUCAGUGGUGAAAAGCUUUGGAAAUGGCACCACAAAGAUGAAAGUAUGCCUCAACAGGAGAAAAUAUCAGACCCUUCAGGAAGGAAGGGCUGCAUUAGAAUAGAGCAUGCACUCCUAGUCACAGAAAGCCCUGACAGACCUCCAAGAGCUGGACUGGUUGGCCAGACCCUGUUCCCCAAACUCCUGGAAAUCAAGUAUUCUAUCCUGCUUUCCCUCCACCAUUCUUGGGAGGUGUUGCUUUUGUGUACAGUGUAAAUCUUUGUUCUUUAUAAACUUUAUGAUUG